CCAAGAUGUCAUUCCUUCGCUGAAGGAGCUGCUGCGUCAGUUGCGCAUCAUGCGGGUGAACAACGGAAUGGCUGUUCGAACAUAUUUCUCAUUGUUGGGUCUCACGAAGAAGCUAGCUUCUACUACCAAGUUUGACAUCACAGAUCUCAUCAACGAAGAUUAGGUGAUGACAUCACCGGCAAACCCAAUUCCAGCGCCUUCCGCCCCAGCUCAGAUUCACACUCCCUAUCCGGACGCUCCCAACUCGGUCGAUGAACCACACACUAGCAGGCCGUCACCCGCAGCUCCACAGCAACAUAUGUAUGAAGCACCGUCGCGAUCCCGUUAUUCUUCGGCAUCAUCGCAAUAUCAAAACCCUCAUCUCACUCCGACUACCGAGACAUUUCAUCUACCACCCAGUCAUGUUGAUUACGAUCCGGAAUCGAACCUCAGCGCCUACGACGAUAUGUUCUUCGCUUCCUCUGGAUUUGAACAGGUUGUUUCCCGUGAUGGUUCAUCACCAACUUCAAUGAGCACAGUCUGUUGUUAGGAUUUGGAUUCGGAGGUGAGGCCUUUAGAGUCAUAUACAUGGAACGGCUCGCCAAACUGCCAUACCUCAACGCAUGCAUCAAGAGAGCUAUGAGACUAUACCCUUCGGUCCCAAUAUGGUUCUUGCAUCUCACUCCCGCAGGAGGUUGCCGCCAGGCAUCACUGUCUCUGCGCCGCCUCACUUGCCGACGUACACACCAUCCGAAAACUUCACAGAUCCACUGCGCUUUAUCCCGGAGCGCUGCACUGGCGAUGAGCGGUUCGUUGGAGACAAGAGAGCUGCAGUGCAUCCAUUUUCUGUUGGCUCACGAGACUGUCUGGGCAAGAAGC